UCCCCUGAUCAAUCGCGGCGCAACUGUCCCAUGACUGAUUAUUCCAUGUUCGGAUAAGGGAGCGUUACUUUGCUAUUAUUAGAUGCCUACUUAUUGUGUCAUAGUGUGAUAUAGCAAACAGAGCUAAUCAACGAUGUAACACUUUCAAGGCCUACUUAUCCAUUUACUGUGAACUUUAACUAGAUCUAUAGCCUAGCGUGACAUUCUUGGCUAAUCAGUUUUCAUUGGGAGAUAAUUAUUGAAAGAGCUACCCAAUUAGAUGUGAGUUUAUUUUCAAACCUUUUGAAGACUUAAACUCACACAAGAACAUGGAACCCCCGGAGGCGGUGUCCGAGACUGAGCCUCUGGUGAAAAAAACCUUGACCCGCUCUCUGACUAUCAUCGAUGACGAGGAGUACUACAAAGAGAAAGAGUUCAAUGACCAGAAGAUCACCGUGAAGUAUGCCCCGAAGGUUCCAGUCUUUAGUUUAAAGAAAGUGAUGAUUGUUUUAGCCAUUCUGUUUAUGGAACUGUGCGAAAGAAUGGCCUUCUAUGGAGUCAGUGCCAACCUGAUACUUUUCUGCACAAGUGUUUUAAAAAUAAGCAGCAUAGAAGCCACAAAUAUUAGCCUUGUGUUCACAGGAACUGUUUACCUAAUACCUAUAGCUGGGGGCCUGAUAGCUGACAUUUGGUCUAACAGAUUUAAUGUCAUCUUUGGAUCUGGAGCUAUAUAUAUCUGUGGUUUGUUUUUGUUACUGUGUUCAGCUGUAGACUAUAAUACAUUUUUUGAUGGGACCCAUUACAACCCUUCUGUUGAAACACGAAGAUUAUAUUUCUAUUUCGGCUUGGUUCUGGUUGCUGUAGGCACAGGGGGAAUAAAAGCAAAUGUAGGCCUGUUUGGUGCGGAUCAAGUUCAGGAUUUAGGGAUGCAGGCUGUUCAAGUCUUUUUUAACUGGUUCUAUUGGUUUAUCAACACAGGAGCCUUAUUGGCCUUCUCCGUUAUAGCCUACAUCCAGCAGAAUGUCAGCUUUACCUGGGGAUACUUCCUGGCCUUUCUGGCCAUGGUUGUCGCUCUGGUGGUGCUAAAUCUGGCGCGAUCUUAUUAUAUCUACAAACCAAGUCAAGGAAGCGUUCUGAUCACGUCUUUCAAAAUAUGUCACCAAGCUUGCUGGAGAAGGUCGCCAGAGGUCAAAGGUAAAAGACAGUUUUUUGACUCAGCCAGAAGACAGUGCGGUGGUGACUACGACAACGUCACAGUGGACGGUGUUAUAGCUGUCUUACGUGUCUUGCCAAUCUUCUUCUUUGUCAUCAUCUUUUGGACUAUUUAUGCACAGAUGGAGACAACAUACUUUCUACAAGGGGAGAGAAUGGAUUUAACAGCCGGGUCUCUCCAGGUCCCAGUGGCAAUGCUGAAUGUCUUCAACGGAACUAUUGUUCUAGUACUAAUUCCAGUUCUAGAUAGAUUUGUCUACCCUUGUUUUCAACGUUUCAAAAGGCCACUGAGUAACAUGCACAGGAUUGGCAUAGGUUUGCUAUUCUCUGCUUGCUCUGUGUUCGUGGCUGGCUGGGUUGAGCUAGAACGAAAGAAACACAUGGGCUUUGAGCAAGUUGUGGGAGAAGAGACAUUCUUUUCGUCCAACACCACAGUGUUUCUGCAGAUACCACAAUACGUUCUUGUUGGGGCUGGAGAAGCCUUCACUGCCACAGCUGGUUAUGAAUUUGCGUACACCCAGGCGCCUGAUACGAUGCAAGGACUGAUUACGGGACUUUAUCUGGCCUCUAUAGGUCUGGGUAGCUACUUCAGCACUGCCAUCAUCGCUAUCCUGGAGCUAGCAACUCAAGGCGAUCCCUGGUUUCCAGAUGAAAUAAACGAUGGCAAGGCAGAGAACUUGUACUUUCUUUUCGGAGGAUUAACACUGGUGUUUUUCUUGGGUUACCUCCCCGUAGCGUAUAACUAUAAAUUUAAAGAGUUUGCAAGAGAACCCGAAGAGAACACGGCUCCAAGUCCAAAUGAACUGUCAAACAAAGUGGAUGGAGCCACACUUUUGUGAUAACAUGAUACUAUAGGUUUUAUUAUUGCUUAACAGUCUUACAAGCCUAUAGAAUUUAACUUAGAAGGAAAAAUGAUAUCGAAUAAAUUGUAAUCUAACUUUCAAAGACUUGCAAAGACUUAAUGGGUCUAAAGUAGCCUACUCUAAACCAUAACAAUUUGUUAUUAUUGUUUUAAUCUAAAUGUUUAACUUAUUCUUCCGGGACCAUCAAUAAGACAGUUAAGAGUGCUUAUUAGACUACUGGCAGACAUCUAUUUCUCUACAAAAGGUGUAUGGAAAGCUCAAAUACACCUGGAGAGUUUUAGGAUUUGUUUCCCCCCCCCCCCUCUAUUUCAGUGUUUCCCAAACUUUUGACCUAUGUGUACCCCUUUUAAAAUAUUUCAGUAAUGCUGAGUACCCCUCGCCCCACACCACACUUUAAUUUAUUUAAAGAACAUAAUAACUGGGUAUGUACAAAAAAAUCAGCAUAGUGAAUGAGGUGACUUGGCAGAGUUUAAGUCAUUGGUUAAUAUGCAUGACUAAAUGCAUGACGCGUAGGACGUAAUCAUCUUCUGAAGUAACGUCUGUAUUAUAUAAGGGCAACCCGAACCCCUCCUAAGUCUUCCCGUACCCCUGGGGGUACGCGUAACCCACUUGGGGAAACACUGAUCUAGUAGAUUCGUGAGACCAAUACAUGUUACAUAGUCGUACUUCAGAUAUAAAGGCGCAUUUAUUAUUCCAUAUUCUAGGAUAAUUCCAUAAGUGCGCAUUCUUCCCUAGUGCCUUUUGAGCAUAGAACGGGUUGCCUGAAUCAUCCAGAGACGUUAAAGUCUCUAAUUAAUAAAUUGGGUUUGAAAUACAGGAGUAGUAUGGAGAUUACUCUAAGAGCUGGACAUCAAUAUGAAAUGGUCAUCUCAAUGAAGGUGCUCAAUCUAAAGGGACAAGUAUUCAAUGGGCUUCUAGCAUUAACAUUAUAUGUUUAUGAAUUUAAAAUAAAUAUUCCAGUAUUGUUUUUAACAAACCAUUCUGCUGUUGUUAAAUAAAAGAGAAUGCAUAGUUUUAAAGGAUUGUUGAAUCAAGAACUGAUUGCUAGAAUCUCUGAAUUUAUUGCAACUAUUCAAAAAAUAUUCAAAUAUAAUUUUUUUCCCAGUUUUUGUUUGAGAAAUAUAUACAAAGUUUUGUGUAGCCUUCAUAAUUGUGGCGGCAAUCAUUCAGUUGUGAAUCCAUAGCUCGUAUAUAGACUUAAUAGAAGUAGUUUUUUUUUUUUUUCAAUUUUAUUGAAUUACACUCUUUUUUUUUUUCAUAAUAUGACGCCACAUUGUUUGAUUCAUUUCUUUGUUCCUCAUUUUCAAGUAUUUAUUGUACACAUUUUGUAUUGGAGAUUUUCAGGAUAAACUAAACUAAACAAUGUCACGCUAAAUGGACCUCAUUCACCAAUCGUAAACAAACAACAUUUAGCCACGUGGUUCUCUAUCUCUUCUGUACAAAUUAAGUAAUACACAUAGGCUGUCACGUGACAGUUUUUUUUCCAUUGUUUUAUCAAUAUUAUCACGUGGCUAAAUGUUGUUUGUUGACGAUUGGUGAAUGAGGUCCAUUGAAUUACAAAGUUGCCAACUAAAUAAAAGUUAGAAACAGAAGGAUUCCAAAAAAAAAAACUCAUUGUGUAGUGCUAAAAUCUGCGUAGAAAGGAACAAGUGACUUUUUAAAAACAACUAGUUCAUCAACACUUCUUUUAGUUUGCACACCGGAUACACCAAAAAGCUGAGCUCUUUAUAGUUUUUUCCCUGCCAUGUAUGAACAUCUCCAAUAACAAUAAUAGCAAUGUCGAUGUCUUAGAUGUUAGAUUAAGGAUGUAUUUUGUACAUAAAUUUAAUUUGCAUGUUUGUCAUAUUGAUUGUUUUCACCCAACGAAAUGUAUUUGAUUUGCUGGAAAUGUUUGUGGUAUUGAAUUAAUUCAUGAAAUAAUCAUCUGUUUCCAACACUUAGUUCUUUUGUUAUGUUCUCGUUGAAACGUGUUUCUUUUUUUUUUUUACUUUGUAAAAAAUCAAAUGCUGUAAAUAAACAAAUAAAUACAUGCA